GAGGCGAAACGUUGGGCUCCGCGCGGGAGUCUCGUGUGUCGUUUCCUUUGGCGGCUACCUCGGCCGACACGCGACUACCCUCUACUACUUACCCUGUACUUACUCUGCCAUCCGUCUUCGGGCCAAGUGAGAGCUCAGUUCGAAAUCCAAAAGUUGCACCAUAGACCGCCUAAUCGCGCCUCCUAUACGCUAUAUGCAUAUAUCUGUCGCAUCGUUAGCAACGCGAGUUACCGAUCAUCCGGCCCCUCGCUAUCUAUAUAGCAUCCUGAAGAAAGUACAGUGGAAACGAUCGGGUCCCGGUGCCCGAUCUCGGACCGAUCGUGCCUGACGAAACCAUCUUCGCGCUCUCGUAGAAAUUCAUUCGUACAAGGCCUUUGCGCGGAUAUCGCGAAUGGGAGUGCGAGGAUGAGCUUGUCGUGGUCUUCACGAUCGCUUUGACUAUAUAAAGUUACGUUGGUCUAUGAGGGUGGGACCUCGUCUUGGAUCCGCUCCAAGAGAGGAAGACACUGAAGGGACCUGGAUAAAAUACGUGGUUCCCCUUGGUCCGAACCUGGGGUACCGAUUGCACCUGGCCAGUGGAUCUAGGAUGUGGCGAUUUCACGAGAGGAUGGAAUUCACCAAGUGUCCUGGAGAUCGUGGUGAGCCUCGGGAUAUCGCUCCAGGGCGAGAGUCCAUUCUCUCUUUCGAUUGGGUGAACCUUGCCAAAAUUCGCCAAACCACGUUCCCUCUUCUUGUUCAAUUGCCAAACCCGUUUCUUGCGUUUCUCCCUGUAUAGUACGCUGAUUGCAUUACAAGUCCUACGACUCUUGGUACACGAUCACCCAGGAAUUUUUUCCUAUAUUUUAUCGCAACGCGCAAACGAUAGAGUUUUCAAUACGUCGACGCUGCUUGAACGUAUUCGUACCGCUUACCACAAUCGGUUCUCGAAACGGCUUUCAUGCGGAAAGUGCUACGGACGGUGCUACACGGCUAUCGGUAUUCGAUGCUCAUUAGAUUACUGUCAUUCCCAUCAAAUUGACUGUUUUCCAUAAUGGAGAAUAUUCCGUCGUAACAAUCAGUUGGUAAUCAUUAGGGCUAUACUCUAUCGAUAUACAAUUAUAUCAUUAAGCUCAUACAAUUGUUUAAAACCAAAACGCAGGAACCAUUAAUCGCACCCGUAGCUAGUUUAGUGAUCUAUUCAGGAAUAAGAAGGUCCGGAUCAGAAGGUCUAAGACAGUUGAAUAACAAUGUAGACAAAUAAAACGAUGGAGGAAAAUUUCUCUGCCACGACAGCUCCUAGAGCCCACGGCGUUCCGUUGUAGAGUCUUCCCAGUGACAGGGGCGCGAUUCCCUUAGCAAGUACGCAAGGUGCGACAGGCCGCGUUUCUUAAUCGGUGCGUUUUAGAGUACGAUGCUGAGCUUUCGUGGGCCCGAGAAAGGCUCACGAGCCUCCUCGAGGAACGUGCUUUUCGCCCGGCGAGUAUCGCGUGCUUCGUCAUAAUAUAGGCCAAUGAAUGAGUGACUCUAAGGGUGGCGAAUCAAGGCCGCCAUAGGUACUCGACGGGAACUCGUGAAAUUAAGUGCGAGAUGGGUUCCCCAUACAAUUUUUGUGCAGUGGCUUAUCUUGGACAACGUUGUCAGCCAGUGAUCAAGAAGUGUAGUGCUUGCUGAAUUCAGCCUCGUUAACGCUACGAAAUCCUUGAGGUUGGCCUACGAGGAAUCGAAGAGAUCAACAAGGCGAAUGGAAGGAGUCUAUUCAUCUUCACUGUGAAAACGAAGGGAGUUCAAGUCUGCAACUGGUGACGAUAUGGGAAGGACUCAAUAAUCAAGCAUCAAGAUCCUGGAUUGCCAGGAGUGACUUCGGGUCCUAGCUGUGGAUCAGGUCCGAGCAAGGAUCCCCCUUGAUGAUCUUAUAGGGCGAUUCGUUAUAAAAAUCCCAAAUCCGUGAUUCACGUUAUCACAGUGAGUGAUAGUGUCACAGUGAAAGAAAGAAAAAGAAAAGGGUGAUACGUGCUGAGUGAUAAGGCGUGAGCAGAAGGAAGUGAGAAAUCAAAUAGAAGAGGAAGAGCAAGACGCAGAAGAAGUCAGCAGCAGCAGGAGGUGCUGGAGGAGCCACGGUAGAUUGGUCAGAUAGAUUAGAUGGUCGAGGUGCUUGAUUGGCGGCCUUGGGAGCCUACGGGGCCGUGCAGGGCACCUCGCACCUCCCCAAGCCUGCCCUGUAGGCCACUAGUUUUAAGGCUCCUCCUGUGGGCACCCCUGAUCGCGGGGCCUUGCCAGUUUCUAGCAAGGAACAAGUGGGCUCCCAUCUGGGGCCCCGUGAGAACGAGCGAGGCUGGCGAGCGCAAUGUGGCACAGCGGGGGCAUGGGCGCCCACACGGCCAACAACCCCUGGGUCAAACUUAUGGGGAUUGUGCACAAGGAACGGAGACAUCACGACUCCGGUGGAGGCGCCUCAGGAGGACAGGUUUCCGCGACUACGGGGAGCAACGAUCGCACCCUCAAUCAAUCGCUGCCGAAGCUCAGCAGCCAGGACGAGGACGGGACAAAUCCCCACACCCAAUACACAGGCGUCACACACUUCGAGCCCAUACCGCACGAUCAUGACUUCUGUGAGAGGGUCGUCAUCAACGUGAGCGGGUUACGGUUUGAGACACAGCUACGUACGCUGAACCAGUUUCCGGACACGCUGCUUGGCGAUCCGGCAAGGCGGAUCCGAUACUUUGAUCCGCUACGCAACGAAUACUUCUUCGAUCGGAAUCGGCCUUCCUUCGAUGCGAUUCUCUACUAUUAUCAGAGCGGCGGUCGACUUCGUCGACCCGUCAAUGUACCCCUUGAUGUCUUCUCCGAGGAAAUCAAGUUCUAUGAACUCGGCGAGCUGGCUACUAAUAAGUUCAGGGAGGACGAGGGUUUCAUCAAGGAGGAAGAAAAACCGCUGCCGACCCAUGAACUCCAGAGGAAGGUGUGGCUGCUAUUCGAGUACCCGGAGAGCUCGCAGGGCGCGAGAGUCGUCGCGAUCAUCUCCGUGUUCGUGAUCCUCCUGUCGAUCGUAAUCUUCUGUCUGGAGACCCUUCCCGAGUUCAAACACUACAAGGUGUUCAAUACGACGACGAACGGCACGAAGAUCGAAGAGGACGAAGUGCCGGACAUUACCGACCCGUUCUUCCUAAUAGAGACUAUUUGUAUCAUCUGGUUCACGUUCGAGUUAUCAGUGCGCUUCCUCGCCUGCCCAAACAAGCUAAAUUUCUUCCGUGACGUAAUGAACAUCAUCGACAUCAUCGCGAUCAUUCCGUACUUCAUCACAUUGGCCACGGUGGUGGCUGAAGAGGAGGACACGCUCAACCUGCCGAAGGCUCCGGUCAGCCCGCAGGACAAGAGCACCAAUCAGGCAAUGUCCCUCGCGAUACUCAGGGUCAUCAGGCUGGUCAGGGUGUUCCGAAUAUUUAAGCUGUCCAGGCACAGCAAAGGCCUCCAAAUCCUCGGGCGAACUCUAAAGGCCUCCAUGCGAGAGCUCGGCCUGCUCAUCUUUUUCCUCUUCAUCGGCGUGAUCCUGUUCAGCUCGGUGGUGUACUUCGCGGAGGCCGGAUCUCAGGAGAGCUUCUUCAAAUCGAUACCGGACGCGUUCUGGUGGGCGGUGGUCACGAUGACAACCGUGGGCUACGGGGACAUGAGGCCCGUGGGAGUCUGGGGGAAGAUCGUGGGUUCGCUCUGUGCGAUUGCUGGUGUCCUGACGAUCGCCCUGCCCGUCCCAGUAAUCGUCUCCAACUUCAAUUACUUCUAUCAUCGAGAGACUGACCAGGAAGAGAUGCAGUCGCAGAACUUCAAUCACGUGACUAGCUGUCCAUAUCUCCCUGGCACUUUAGGUCAGCACAUGAAGAAGAGCUCGAUGUCGGAGUCAUCGUCAGACAUAAUGGAGCUGGAGGAGGGCAUUUUGUUGACCCAUCCGGAGGACACCAAAAAGUCAAACUCCAACCCCCGACACAACAAUAACAUCAACCCAGCCUGCAUGAGCAUUGAGACUGACGUCUGACUACUAGUGAAGGAGACGGUGGCAGCGUGGUGGCCAGUGCUGAGCAAGUUGUCGAAGAGCAGCAACUCCCUACGGUACCUGGUGUAGGCCUCCUCCACUUUGCACGCUACGUACGGCGCUAGUGUGUCUUUGUCCGUCUAUGCCAGGGGUGCGUAAGGGUGGGUUUACCCUACUGCGCCAGUCUUGAGAGAAAGAAAAAAAAGUGGAAAGAAUUAAUGAAAAAAAAAGGAAGGAAGGAAGGAAUAAGAGAAUGAUUUAGAAAAGGGUUCACGCGAUAUCUCACGUAGAGACUUUUGGUACGCGCACCCCACGUAGGGACCUACGAGUACUGCUGUACCAUUACUCGCGCCCCACAACCACCGACUCCAGUGUUCAACCGCAUCUCCGUAGCGCCGUUCUCCCCGUGAAAAAGGGAGCCCCGGCAGUCCGCGGGGAUCAUACCAGAUAAUACUAAUUAAUUAUUAUUAAUAAUUAAUCGAUUAAAUAAGCGAGGUAAUACGUUUACGCGAGGCUGAGAAAUAAAAAAAAAUUUUAAGGAAGAGGGACGUGCAAGGGGUGCCACGAAGGAGCGAGGACGGUACAGAGAAAUGGAAUACGAAGAAGAGGAUAGCGAAUAAGGACGGAGUAAGGUCCAAAAGGAGGAAUCACAAGGAAGAUGGCGGAAGGCGGAAAGAGUGAAGACAACAAGGAGAGAGAGAGAGAGAAGAAAACAGUCAAGGAUGGAUAAAACAGGGGAUACCAGAAUCAAGGGAAAAGAGCAGUGGGAGAGAGAGGGGGCGGAAAAAAAUAUUAACAAAAAAAAAAAGAGAAUACAAAAAGACUAUAGCGCAAGAGCGUUGCGACGUCUUGGCGCCGAGGAGAAAUUUUUUAAACAAGUCGUUUUUACGAAGAUAGACGCGCUUCGCGCGUCCUAAGCGUCGCGUUUAAGGGUAGCGCUGCGCCGCGUACACGCGUAACGUUCUGCGCGUCUACGCGGUACCAUCGCGAUACGUAGUGUCUUGUGGGCGCAUAACGACAGGUGGCUCUCCCGGUACGUCCCUGUCUCUGCGCGUGCGCGAGACUCGCCUGUCCUAUGUGCGCACAGAGACACAGAACCAUAUAAAUAUAUAAAUAUUAAUAUGAAAUUAAGGUGUAAUGCAAUGUUAAGCGUUGCGGCUUAGAGAAGAAAACCGUGGAAGAUCUGUCGCGCUUUUGCCGAGUUCCCUACCCCCCUCCCCUAAAAACACACACACAAUCACACACAGAGAUAAUGCCGUACGCGAUAGUCUCCCCCACUCCCCUGACAACCACCACUACCACCGCAACCCUUCUUUCACAUAAUCUUAAUCACCCUAAUUAAUUCCUUCAAGGUAGACCUGAUUAAUGUGCGCGUGCUCGGGCAAUGGCAUCGCGACGUCGCGGCGGUGAACGACGCAGAGAGACAAAGAAGAGACGGUUUAUGAUUCUAUGAGCCUUCGCGACGACUGCUAGAGAGAGAGAGAGAGAGAGAGAAAUAAAAGAAGGACAUGACUUACAUUGAGAAAAAGAAAAAGAGAUACUAUGCAGAAAGUGAGGAAACGAAUCACGUAGUGAUCGAAGCAGUUUAGAAAAUCAAGCGGGAAAUUGGAAUGUAGGUCACGACUGGUUUGUACCUAUGAUAUUUUAGGGUAGUCAAGCGUGUGUUUGCUCUUGAGACGUCGCAAGGAUUUAUAGGAUUUAAAGGGAAAAAAUGGCCAUCGUGCACUGUAGUACUCCGAUAAUGGAAAUAUCCUUUUAUUCGUCGUCACGAUUAAGUUCCAUCCCGUCCGCGUAACAGAAGGUUCCUCGUGGUGAAUCGCGACGAUACGUUCACGCGGAGGACGUCGAAGCGAUGUUUCUUGACGAUUGUCAAUUAUAAAUGAUAAUUGUUAACGAACGCAUCAUUCGAUUCACUGUAUUGGGAUUCGCGUAUUACCUUUCUCGUCUGACUAAAUUUUUUCUGCGUUGCCUAAAAAACAAAAUUCUUCUUAAUUAUCUUACCUACCAUUUUUACCUAUCUUACACUUUGCCUUUCUUCCUCGACCUACCUACCUUACCUACCCUAAUUACUUAUCGGCCUGUAUAUCCUUCAUUCGCGAUCCUUACUUCUUGCCGAUUCCACGUACUAGCUAGCGUCUAUUUCUAACUAUACUCUAUUAACUAUACUAUUCUAUCAUCUAUGUUACUAUCUAUGUACAGUAUUGCUUUUCUCCUUCCAGCACAGCUGGUGACUGCCUGCCUAUAUUUAACUUAGACCCCACGAUCUACGUGUCCACCGAAUUUGAUCCCUCCAAUAACCGACACUUGGUUAAGAGGUCUAAAGGCUCGUGUUGUUGUGGAAUUAUUUAAAUUUUAAAAAAGGGAAGAAAAAGGCCAAUCCGGAUGGAGAAUUAAGUGCGGUUCAAAUCAAUGAUUGGGAGUCGAGAGCAUAGACAAUUAUGAGUGAACGAUUAGCGAGAGCGAAUUACUGAACGGAGGAGGAGAUUCGCGAGGUGAAGUAAAAAAAGUAUUAAGAAGAAAUUUAGUGAAAAUUUGCGAAAAUUUGUAAUAACGUACGACUGAAAAAAAAAAUUGUGACUUAUGAGGAAGUCCAAAGAAAAAAACGUUUUCAAUAAAUUCAAAUUAUCUUUUGGAGAUUCGACGAAAUGUCGUCCUUCGUUUAAAAACGGAUAGACUGCUAGUGACAAUUUUUGUAUGGAGUUGAUAGUUAAUCUGUCCGAUUUGUUAGUCGAUACUCAAAGACAAUUUUUGUACAUUUUUUUUUUCCUUCCGCAGACCGUACCAGCUAAAUUUCGCGCAUAUGCUCGCAGUGCGUGUAAAAUCACGAGAUACCGGAAUGACAAAGAGAAGAGAAAAGAAGUUUGGAAUUUCGUCGAGAGCUAAUUAAGAAGACAAGCAGGACUCGACAAAGGCAGUAAAUUCGCACUAGCUAGAUGUCCAUUCGAUGUCCCUCCAAUGUCCAUUACCCAACAAUCCUAAGAUCCCAAUGCCUCACGUAUGAGAUUCCUCGUUCCUUCUUCCCACAUGGAGCCAAAAACCUUACAUGAACCGAUCCUCCCUUGGUAUCCACCAUCAUGAUCUCCUCCUCGCAAUCCUCCCAAUCACCAGCCGCACAGCCUCGAGCUAAGUUAUUACAAGUCUGGAAAAAAAGUGUCCCGAUCGAACUCCUAGGUGUACGUUAGCGAACCCUAGGUGUAACCCGCAUCGUAGCCUUAGUUAGGCUAGUGAACUAGGGAUUUGGAUAUAACUAAAAGAAAAUUAAUGAAUUAUGGAUUAUCCAAUUAUUAUUACCGUUAUUAUUAUCGUUAACCUAUUAUCAUUGCCAUUAUUAUUAUCAUUAUUAUCGAUUGUUCAUUCGUAGUUAAUUUAACGAGCGAUCGACUCUAAACGAAUAAAAAGAAUUUGAGGUUAGGUAAUGUUAUCGAGGAAAAUUGGGCUUUAAGGAGGCACUAGGUAAACAGAUAUAAACGAAGUAACUCAGAAAAAAAAAAGUAAAUACCUAUAACAAUCACACAUGUAAACAAAACGUCAUCUGUUGACACCUGUCAAAAAAGCACGUGUAACACGAUUUCGAAGAAUGCUGGUUGCAAUCGCCUACAAGUAACGACGGCCACUUGGCUAAAGGGAGAUGCGGUAAUAAUGUUUUUCUGCUGGGCGCGUAGGACAAACAUACAAACACAUAAUCCUAUAUAAUCACAAGCAGUAAAAUAUACAAAGCGGAGAAAGAUCGAUCGUUAAUCGAUCUUUGGCGAUCAGAUUUUUUUUUUUCGGUAUUCGAACGAAAUGAGGCUUUUUAUCGUGUUGUACAUCAGCGAAUGGCGUCCGUGCGUAUCCUUCCUCCUCUUACUCAUUUUAUUCGUCCUAUUAUAUCCGUUAUCAAUUUUAUUACUCCUAAUCCCCGAGCAAUUCGAUACUCGUCCUUCCAAAUAUUGUCACGGUGUCACGAGCGAUUACUGCCAUUUCGCCAACAUCGUUAAGGCUCGUUCCGCGCUGUGCGAGGAUCUCUUGGUUUUCUCCUAUCAAUGAAUAUAAAACUAAUAACCAUUAUUGAUCAUUUACGGGGAAUGAUUUAUCGAGCGAGAAAGGAGAAGUUGGGAUUGGAGAAAGAGCGAUUGGAGGAAACUUCAAGUAAACGAGUGACAAAAAAAGGUCAAAGAUCAAGCAUUGACUUUCGUUCGAUUACCAUUGACAAACAAUUAAUCGUUAUGCGAGCAAAAAUUUGUGUGCCAUUAUUUGAAAGACCUGUAGGAGUAUAACGCGCCCGUACAGAAUCCACACACAGACACAAAAGACACGGAGUUCAAUGGACGCCUGUUAUGCACUCACCGUACGCUAAUCGAAGCCUGACAUUGCAUAAGAGUAGAAUAACUGGACAAGGAUGUAAAUUCGAUUGUUAAGCCUAGAAAGUGAAUUUUAUUCGAGGACAUCGAUCCUUUGCUAGAGAAAAAGUUGGAAAGAAGAUAUGGCGAGGAUGAAGAAGGGUGGGAAAAAAGUAAUAAUAAUUAAAAGAAAAAAAAACUUAACCCACCACCAUGUCAGAAGGAACAAUAAAGAACGUGGAAAGUGAUGAGCGUUGAGAUGAUGAAGAAGAAGAGAAAUUGAUAAGUAAAGAAGACGGAAGUAUACACGGAGGUUUACGUUACACGCUUUGAAUACAAUACUUGAAUCUCUCGCCUCGCUGAUGUAGUGAGAAAGAAAAAAAAUAUAUAUAAAAAAUACGAUGCAUCAACUACAAGCCUAGCUAAUUGAGGGAAAAAAAAUAUUCUAUAAAAGAUAAAUUUACUACUACUAUUACUGCUAAACGAAAGAGAAGCAACUAUCGUAAACUAUUAAAGAGAAAAAAAAAUACUACUCUGCUAGACAGCGUAGAUCGUUAGUGGAUACACAAGAUGAAUAGGUAGGGGUAGCGAGUCUGGCCGCGACUCUUAAAGAUUUAAAAAUAAAAGCCGAUCGCGUUUAACGACAACCAAAAUUUAACAUUGCGAAAUGGGUUUCCGUGAGGGAGACUACAGCUGUAUCUGAAAGUGGACGUAUCACCACUACCACAAAGAAAAACCCAAAUACCGAUUUUCCCGUUACAGCAUAGGCAAAAAGAGGAAAAAAAAAAAGAGUAAAGAAGGAAAUAUGUCAGAAAAGAUAACCCUGGCAAUAUAAAAAAAAAUAGAAUUUUACGUUACUUCUUACGUUAUCUCGAAAGGGUAGUUUAACAAGAAAAAAAAACCACACGGUGCACAGAUACUGUUAACUAAGGGCGAACCUUUACAUUGGGAACCUAAGACUCUCCGUAUUCUAUCAUAUUACACUACAAGAAUCCAAUACCAGCCGUAAGAUAUAAUAUUCCUGCUGUCUCGACGUACCGUAUAAAAAUUAUAUUCUCCCUUACCUCCCCCAAACCCCCAAAUCCCAUGACGCUACCAUCCCCAUGGAUUCAUUUCCGCCAAUUGUUCACUCGAAAGUAUUAAAGCGGUGCGGUGGCCCGCUAUGACUAUUUCUCUUAUUAUGAUUAUUAUUAUUCGUGUUAGUUAUUAUUAUCGCUGAAUCUCGUUUAUCGCCUUCGGAUUCACCUUCGACGUAGCGUUCCACCCCUCUUACAAAAAAUAACAAAUAUAAACCUUUAUGUAUGCAUAGCGAGACACGAACACAGUGUUACUAACCUUACAAAGAAACAGACAUACACACAAACACAGAUCGACCAAUAAACAAAACGAAAAUUAAUAACAAUAAAACAAUCGGAGAACCGUACCGGUCGAUAAUAUACUCGAUACAAUCGAUAUUUACAAUACGACUCGUUAUACUCGUUGAAAUUAAAAAAAAAAAUAAAUAAAAGAUCGAAGCGCCACGAUAUUACAAAGACCGUCCGACUGUAAACUAUCCUUUUCCACUUGAAAAAAAAAAAAAUGAAAUUACUAUACAUACGUAUGCCACAAAAACUUCUUACAUACUAUAUUCUAGCUGCUAUUACUAUACAUACGACAAAACUUGAUCCGUUCUUAAUGCGUGCGUUUACGUCAUACGUACUCAUAUGUAAUACUGACAUAGGGCGAGACACAGAGGACACGUACAGAGAUACUUAAUUUAUUCCUUCAACACCUUUUUUCCCCAGUCUCUUUCCUCCCCUCAUCCAGUCAACCAAUCUCCCCUCGAAAACCUUCGACGUCUCAAAUCAUCGGACUUCCAUUGUUAUACCCUGGUCGAAAAAUUGACAUUGAUAGCUUGUGCGCUCUUGCACCAAAACAGAUUGAACCUUAUAUUUAUCUAACUUAAUUAAUUAACGACUUAUUCGAUUUAAUUCUAUCGAUCAUAUUAAUUGCUGGAUUACUUGAAUCACGUGUUAUUAAACGUAACAGAGUCUAACCAAGCCAUCACGUACACAUAUGACUCAGAGGACACGUGACACUACAGAGGGCACUGCUUUACCUUCGCCUAGCACUUGUACCGUAUAAUUCCGUUGGGUAAUUAUGACGGAUCUCUCUCGAUUGGAUAAAGGAGAAUCGAUUGAUUGGUUAUCGAUUCGAGUCGUUGACAGGACGAUGGUCAAUCUUGGGUAGAUUUGGGAACUCGGCUAUGUUCCCGGUGCUGCCUGAUGGUCGCGUUUGAAGUUUCACCUGAAAAAGAAUAGCAUUAUACUUGGAAAAUUAAAAAAAAAAAAUAAUAAAGACUAAAUAAAAAUCGAUCGAUCGAUUCUCCGAAAUUUGCGUAAUAAUCGGAUACUGAGACUUGUUCCGUUAUAGUGAAUCUAAUUGGAACGACGAGGCUUCGAUGCGAUAAAUUACAAAGCGUGCAGGAUAAGCGCGUGAAGGGUGAACGGGAAAUAAUUCAGAAUGCAUUCCGCCAUUUAUAAAAAAAUAUUUUAAAAAAAUUAGAAAAAAAAACAAAAUAGUUUUGCUACGAGAAAAAAUACGUUAAUUCGAGCAACACGGCUAACGACGUGAUAAGCGAUACGAGAAACAAGGGCGAAGCGCAGUGGCAGGAUAAAUGCUGUAAACAAGAACAAAAAUCGCUUUAUCGGAAGAUUCAUGAGGAUUUCGCGUGAUUAUUGCCAAGGGAAUGAAAUCAAGUGCCGUCGGACAUCCCUUAUUGAGUUGCGACUCGUUAUCGGGCUUGUCGAUAAUAAUAAUAAUGUUGCACCGAUAAGUGACCGGAUCCGCGUACUGCUGUUUUACUCAUCGAAAUUUAUUGUUUCGAUUAAUCCCUUUUUUUUCUUCGAUAUUUUUCACGUGACCGUAAAAGAUUUAAUUGUGACAAAUAAAUCGUACUGAGAUAACCUUGAUGAUGAUUGCGAUAAGAAACAGACUGAAAAUGGAUAACGAGGCUUAAUUGAUAAAUAAGGGGAGAAAAUAAAAAUAUAUUAUCGGGGUACUGAGGGGAGUGAGGGGUGGCUGCGGUGCCAACGAAUCGUAAAUAGGGGAUGUUUGAGUGGGUGCACCUCCGUGCGAGACACGAGGAAUCGAGAAAUGCGCACGGAAAGCCGUGAGAAGAAAAUAGAUUGACAACGCGUGCGACCGCUCGUGGAUCGAGCUGACCGCUUUCAAGUGAUAUAUAUAUGUAAAUAUACUCGGUGCCUACGAUAUAUAAAUUUGCGCUGUAGUAUAUUUACGUGUAUAUUCGUGUAUAGAUAUUAUACGAUCGACAUUAACAUUGAAUUAAUGUAAUUAUUAAAAUUAACGUUUGUUAUUAUUGAGGUUUUCAAUAAUUUGAACCCCUAUUGAAUACAUAAUUAUUAAAUUGUAAGUAUUAUAUAUAUAUAUAUAUGAACAAAUAUAUAUAUAUUAUAUAUAUAUAUUAUAUGAGAAUAAUGGUAAACGAGACCGUUUGAGGUGAUGAUAAACGUAAAUAUCGCUCACACUAAAAAGAGGGAAAAACAAAAGAUCAGUCAUUACAAGAGUAAACAAGAAAAAAAGAACCUAAUGUUACUAUGUAUAUGAAUGACUUUGACUAUGACAAAGCUACUUAGUAGGCUUAAAAAAUUUGUAUGAGGGGUCCCCGCGCGGUGUGGCCCACCGUGCCAAGGGCCCAGUCGAUCAGAAUCCGUUUCAUUAAUUAAUUAAUUAAUCGAUAACUUAUUUAUAUAGUGUUGAGCACUGUUUUAAGUGCUUUUCAUUUUUUGGCUGUGUGAAGCUUCAACUAAAUAAAAAGUAAUUAUUAUCAUAUUGGCUUUGCGUAAUCAUUCUCAAAAUUUCUCUGAGGUAACGUCGUAUUAACGGUAAUAGGUAAAGUUACAAAAAAAAUAUUUAGAAGACAGUGAGAGAGAGAGAGAGAGAGAGAGAGAGAGAGAGAGAGAGAGAGAGAGCCAGAAUGUAAAAAAAAAGUGAGAAAGAGAAUGAGAGAACGUGAGAGAGCAUGGAAGAAAAAGAGAGAGUGAGAGGGAGCGUGACGUAUUGUGGGAAAGCAGUUAUGGAAGAAAGGAAAUAAAAAUAAAAGUAUAAUAAAAAAAAAAGUAAAUCACGUCGUAAAUCGUUCAAAAAAAUAUGUUAUGAAUUCCGCGUCUCCGUUUAUAUGCAUUUUAGGGAAAACUUCAGACACUAUACUAUUAACGGUACUAGCCCAGAUAAACAUCCUGCCGAGUUGCCCCGGGUUUAUGCUAAGAGCCACCUGGCCCGUAUUUUUUCAAAAAGAAAUACGAGCACGCACGAGCGCGUCCAUCUCUUAGUGACGUUUCCUCAUCCUCGUCGUCGUCCUAGCCUAUGGGGUACACGUACACACGAUAUUAUAUACGAUAUAUAUAAUACAUAUACAUACAUACGAUACGAUAGCUCUAUAUUUUCGCCUGAAAUUGAUUGAUGAUAAUGAUGAUGAUUGGGCUGGAAAAAAAAUGAACAAAAAACAGAAUGAGAAAAAGAUACAGAGAGCGAGAGAGAGAGAGAGAGAGAGAGAGAGAGAGAGAAAAUAAGAGAACAAAGCACACCCAAUGUAAAGAAGCUAAUUUUUUAAAGACGUCAAAGCUAUGUCGACUUUCUAAACUCGCCGUACGUAUUUCUACGGCAUGCGGAUACGUUCGCUCGAUUUGUAAUACAUGCUUCGUAUUAAUUUUUGCGGCAGUGCACCGAACCGACUACCUACUAACGAUAAGACUUCACCAUCAUUUAUUUCUCGCCCCGUCACUAUAACCAUCUGAUCCAAACAGGGUAUCAGUCGACGAAUAUACGUAUUUGAGACGGUAGGGUACCGCGAACACACACCGUAACAUUUUCGCCAUUUCACUUAUCAAUAAUUAAUUAUCGAAAAAUCGCAAGCAAUGUCAAUCAUCCGACAUCUGUUUCUUCUUCAAUUAGUUUGACAAAGUUCCACCACCACCCGCCAGCGCCACUUGCUCUAAAUGCGUACUCGCUGUUGGCUAUCGCUGUUUCUCACUAUUUUGAACUAGUUAUUUUUUAAACAGUCUCACUCUUGGGGAUACAUUACUAUCUUCCUUACUGAUAAACCGCAUCCUAUUCUUCAUUCACUAUUUCGCGCGAUAACACAUCCUCGAAAUAACAGAGAGCUCAAUUGGCACGCUCCGCCUGUAAUUUUCUACGCCAUUUUUACCCGGGCGUAUCUAGAGAAUUCAAAGACGAGAAAAAUUUCUUACGUUACAACAAGGCGUUUCGCUUACAAUUAAUUAAAUAUAAAGAGACGAUUCGACGGGAGUGAUACGCGUUGCAUAAUGACCGCGAGAUUUAAGAGGAUACAUGAAAAAUGGCUUUCGUUUUACGCAAGCCAGGUAGUACCAAGGCACUCAGGGCAACGAUAUAUCGAUGAAUUUAUUUGUACGAUGAUCUAGGUUACUCCGUUGUGUCUCGAGAUUAAAUUACGUGCGCAUUGUACACGCGACAGACAUGUAUACACUAUGAGGGAGAGCGAGAAAAAGAGAAAGAGAGAAAGCGAGUAAGAAAGAGAAAAAUUUUAAUUACAAGAAGCACAGAGGUGCGGAAGCUACACGCGCGUUACGUAUUAUAUGUAAAUUUAAGGAGGAUACGUUACUAUAAUUAUGAGAGAGAAAGAGAAAGUGAGUGAGAGAGAGAGAGAGAGAGAGAGAGAGAGAGAGAGAGAGAGAGAGAGUCUGUAUAUACAUGAAAGAAUAAGAUGAGAGUAUCUAAUUGCGAGAAAGAGAAUAAUUCGUUAUAGUACCCACGUCGUUUCCUCGUUGCGUACCGUCGUGUACCUAUAAGUUCACGAGAGACAAGGAAUGAGUCAAAACAACGUUUAACCUGAAAUUCGCUAGUUGACAGGCCGUGGAAGUAAAUAAUGAUUCCCUCGGGACUCAAUUAAUCGUUUCUGAUUAUUAACGCGAUUAAGGAAACGACAUAAAUUACAUGAGAAUCUCGCGAGGAGACGUUGGGACGUGUCAACGCGACGCUAAGCGUCCCCGCGGUUUUUGACUGUAUGCAACAAUGCCAAUGUACCUUCCGUACCAAAUGAAUACUUUGCCGUUUACACUCGCGAUGAACACUGAGAAUCAGGUAAAGAGGAUAAAGAUGGUGAAGGAAAAGGAAAGAGUCAGUUAAAAAUAGAAAUAAAAAAGAUAAUACGAUAAUAGGAAUUUGAUCGCGUGUGCAUACGAUUUUGCGUGAAUGUGAUACGGGCGCAGUGCGCGGCAAAAUUUAAACGCUUGAUAGUUAUCGGAAGUCUGUGGGACAUUGAGAACGAUGAAGUAGGAGAGAAUGCGAGAGUGAGAAACAGAACGAGAAUAUAAUAGACGUGUGCAUGAUGAGAGGAUUGUGAGAGAGAGCGUGCUACUGCUGAGCAAAAAAAGCAGCAUCGAGCAUUUCCAAUAAUACCAACACCAAUAAUACUCCUAAAAAAAUAAACGUAAAGCUAACUAAAUGUUAUAAAAGGAAUAAUUACGUACGUACGAAAACAUGCAUCGUUAAUUAUCAUUUAAUCUAACACGACUAAUUCGGGCGUUAUACCUUACCUAAUAUGAUUAAAUAUCAGUUGGAUCAUUAAUUAUUACCUAUUAAUUAGCUAUACAUUAAGGCAGUCAUAUAGUAAUCGUAUAGUCUAUUUGUUAAUGUUUCAGAUAUUUUAUUAAAUGUUGAUAUAAUGUACGACGACAUUCCUUAUAUUGUUUGUGACUAAAUGAGAGUAAAAAUCCCGCGUAUUAGUCAUUAACGGCUGCUCCGCUCGUUUCGGCUGACAAACGUAAUUAACCAUAAUUAAAAAAACAAUGAAAGGAAAAAUCACUGUUGGAUCACUCGAACGCGUAAACGAUCCAACGAUCAAUCAAAUAAUUAUCACUGAUUCAAUUGUAUUUCGAAUAUAGUUCCCUACGAUGCCUUCGCACAAUCAAAUCCGCAAUUUGCGCUGAGCGUUGCGCCAAAGAGAAGAAAAUUAAAAAUAUCACACAGGACACACAUACACACGCUAUACAAUUUCGAGGACGUUAUAAAUAUUUUAUUAUAUGCAUCUCUUAUCAAUACCAUCGCCACCAUCACCCACGACUAUCAUCACAGAUAUACCUUGAAGCCAAUCAAUAUAAUCAGUAAUCCAUACAAUCCGUCAAUCCAAACUUCCACCUACACUUGUCAACGACUAUCGACGAAGGAUCACCGAAAGUUUUUUUCUGCGGAAAAUAUAAGGUGUUCAUGCGUUCUGCAUGCGAAAAUACAUAAGGUCACAGUGUAUGACGCAAGAUGCGUGUAGAAAAUAUUUCUUUUCCCUUUGGCUUGCGCGACUAUCGUUUUAAGAUCGUUGAUGAGAGAAAAAUUUGAACUUGACUUGGAAUGUUUCUAAGGAACAGAAACGUCGUGGCGGCGAACGUCCUGAUUAGAGUCAAAAGGGAUUAGAAAUUGAUUAUCGUAAAUGGACAUCAUAUCAAAGAUCCCACACAAUGUUAAGACAAUAUGUAAUUCUCGAGAAAAGAAUAAUGUCAGCAAUAUUGUCAACAAAGGAUGGUUUUCAAUAAAUUUGUUAAUUGUCGCAACAUUGCAUAGGAUAUUGAAUCGUCGUAUAAAAAGCUUCUCAUCCUGUUGUUUGAAGGUGAUGGAAUGUGUUGUAUGUGAGGAGGAUUGACUGUUAACGAAAGGAAAGAAAGAAUGUGAAUAAAUGAUAUAGAAAAGAAGUAAGGAUAACGGAGAUAAUUGUGAGAGAAUGAAAAUGAGUGCAUGAGAGAGAAAGAGAGAAAACGUUGCAUGGAAAGAGAUAAAAGAGGGUGAAGGUUACGGUAAAGAAGAUAGGAAGUGGGAAAAUAAGGUGGAAGGGAGCGAAAGAGAAAGAAAGGGGUAAGAUAAAAUGGGUGAAAAGUGUAAAUACGUAAAGUUAAAGUCGUUUUACUGAAAUCGAUAUAAUAAAGGACGAUAUACAAGAAUUGAUGAGACAGGACGUCGAGUAAUUCUAAAGGGAAGUCGAGAGACGCGUAACGAUUUGAGAUUUGUUCUUCUGCAAUUGUAACGCGAAAAUUGCUAAAACGGCAUUCAUCGUUUGUAAUGUUUUAUAAAUAAAUUGGCAUAUCAAUUUGAAAUCAAGACUUCUCUCGAAAACAAAUUCUCAUUCUCAUCGAUGAUGAUGCUCUGCUGGUUUGGAGCUGUAGUCAUAUCGUUAGUGUAUAAGUCUGUAUGUGACGAUGUUAAUUAUUGUAAUAUAAAACUAAUAAGUAGGAGCAUAUCAAACUGUUUGUCUGGUAUUACUGGGCAUGCUUCAAUAGGUUGUUUUAUAAUGAGAUCUGUUCAACUUUCUUUCGUAAUGUUUCAGAAUCAAUUGUUUGUAAAAAAGGACAUUUACUUAAAGAGCAAUCGCAGCACGACAAAUUUAUCUUCAUUUCUCACCUCUGCGGAGUGUUUUGGGCCCUUCCGUCCAAUACGCCAUGUACCACUGUCAUUAUUCGUUUAAUUUUGCAACCUACCUAAAAUAAAAUUGUUAAUGCUGAAACCAUAG